AUGGAACUUUCUGAGCGUUUGGAAUAUAGAUUACCUUAUACACAGGAGGUCUUGAGGGCUCUGCAGGAUGAAAAUACCAACCUGGUUGGCAUUAAUUGUCUGAAAUUCAGAGGAGGAGAUACCGUGACAACGAAAGAGUUCAUCGAGAGAGUGAGACAGCAAGAUCUAUUUGAACAAGUUGUGAUGGCAGUUGUGUCCCUUAAUGCAAACUUGAGACGAAUACAAGGUGAGAUUGCAGAAAUGCUACAACUGAAUCUGGGGAAUGGGAGUUUGUUUCAACGGGCGCAGGUGCUACAUGCUAGAAUGUCCCAAGACUCUAGGAGGUUGCUUGUAGUAUUGGCUAAUGUCCGGGACAUGCCUGAUCUUGAGGCCAUCGGAAUCCCUUAUGGUGAUACCGACACAAACGGAACGUGCAAGAUCAUGUUGACGUCAGGACUCAUGAAUGUACCAGCCAGUGUUGAGAUGAGAGCCCAAAGUAAUUUCAAGUUGUUACUGGAAUCCACACCGAAAGGACCUAUUGCUUUUGAAUCAAGAAAUUCGAUCCUUAGAGGCGUAAUGGAAGCUCUAGCAGACGAUCAAAUCAAUCCGAUUGUAAUAUGUGGAAAGGGAGGUAUUGGCAAGACAACCUUGGUGAAAGAAGUUAGUCAGAGAGCAAAAGCAUGGCGUCUAUAUGAUGAGGUUGUGAUGGCAGUUUUUACCCCAAACCUUGACUUUAAAUGUAUUCAAGAUCAAAUUGCAGAUUGUUUAGGUCUAUCACUUGCAGGACAACCUUUAUCUGCAAGAGCAAAUAGCUUAUGCCGAAGAUUAUCAGGGGAUAAAAGGGUCCUUUUAAUAUUGGACAAUGUUUCUAUGCCACUGAAUUUGGAGGAAAUAGGAAUUCCACUUUCUUGUGAUAAGAAAGGUUGCAAGAUUUUGGUAUCAUCGCGAAACGAAGAUAUAUUUUCUGGAACCAAAAAGAUUUUUUCGGUUGGUGUGUUGCUAGAACAAGAAGCGUGGAGUUUGUUUAGGGAGAUGGCAGGCAGUUCCAUUGAAUCUCCCGAACUGCUUCCAGUAGCACAACAGGUUCUACAUGAAUGUGCUGGUUUACCAAUUGCAAUUGCAACAGUUGGAAGGGCACUGCAUCAAAAGAGCAGGAAAGUGUGGAUUGAUGCACUGAGACAACUAAGAAAGCCCUGCCCAGCAAACAUCUCAGGAAUGAUGCAAGAAGUGUAUCGAAAAAUAGAGUUGAGUUACGAGUGCUUAGGAAGCAAGGAAGCGAAAACAUUUUUUCUGUUGUGCUGCCUACCUGAGAGCAAUAUUAAUAUAAGGGUUGAAGAUUUAGUUGAAUCUGGGAUUAGAGUUGAGCUAUUUAAGGGCAUUGGUUCGGAGACUGAGGCAUGGAACUGCGUAGAAACAUUGGUUGAUAUACUCAAAAGUUGUCUUUUGUUGUUGGACGGUGACAAGGAACGAUUUGUCAAAGUGCCUGAUAUAGUGCGCAGUGUGGGUUUAUCAAUAGCUGCUUCAAAAUGGGGUUGA